AAGAACAAUACUAGUGCAAGGAUUUACAAUAAUGGCAGAAUCAACAUGCAAGUGCUCCAACGGAUCGGGUCAGCAGAGGGUCUUCUCCAUGGGACCAAAUACUCUGAAAGUUCCAAUGAGUUUGUUCGCUGAAAACAGGAAGAAGGUGUGCGAUGCUUUAUCGGCACAAAGUUGUUCCUUAAAAAAAUCCAUUAUCCUUCUUCAAGGAGGUGAAGAGGUCAGCUGGAACGACACGGAUGUGGGCUACAUUUUUAAACAGGAAUCCUACUUCCAAUACAUGUUUGGCGCUAAGGAACCCGAUCUGUUCGGGGCCGUUGAGGUCGGAACAGGUCGAAGCACGCUUUUUGUUCCGAGAUUGCCGGAGGAAUAUGCGGUCUGGAUGGGACCCUUGCAUCGGCUCGAGGACUUCAAGGACAUGUACUCCGUCGACGACGUGCGAUACACCGAUGAGAUUGCUUCCGUCUUGAAGGCCAUGUGCCCGGAGAAACUUCUCACGCUGAAUGGAGAAAACAGCGACAGUGGUCUUAAAACCAAGGAGGCUACUUUUCCCGGGAUAGAAGAAUUCAAAGUCAACAAUGAAGUGCUGUAUCCAGUCAUUGCAGAAUGUCGUGUAGUGAAAUCGGAGGCCGAACUGGAAGUUUUGCGCUAUGUGACGCGGGUGUCCUCCGACGCGCACAAGCAAGUGAUGAUCGACUGCCGCCCCGGCUGUAUGGAGUACUUCGCCGAGGCGGUUUUCAUGAGGCACGUCUACGGUGAGGCUGGAUGCAGGCAGGUCAGCUACACGCAUAUCUGCGGGAGCGGUCUCAACUCCGCAGUUUUGCAUUACGGUCACGCCGGGGCCCCUAAUGAUAGGCUGAUAAACGACGGCGAUAUGUGUUUGUUCGACAUGGGUGGCAACUAUUGCGGCUACGCUGCUGACAUCACUUGCUCAUUUCCUGCAAAUGGAAAGUUCACCGAUGACCAGAAACUGAUCUACAAUGCCGUCCUGGCUGCUAACCUGGCAGUACAUGGCGCAGCUAAAGAAGGCGUGACCUGGUUGGAAAUGCACCACUUGUCCAACAGAACUCUUCUCAGCAAGCUUAAGGAAGGCGGACUUCUUAAAGGCGACGUUGAUGAAAUGAUGAAUGCCCAUUUGGGUGCCGUAUUCCAACCUCAUGGUCUUGGUCAUUUAAUUGGAUUGGAUGUCCAUGAUUGCGGAGGAUAUCUGAAACAUUGUCCAGCUCGUCCAACUGGUGGAAAUGACUGCAAACUGCGUUUUAACAGACCUCUCUUGGCUGGCAUGUGUGUCACCAUUGAACCAGGCUGUUAUUUCAUAGAUAUCGUUCUGGACCAAGCCCUUGCUGAUCCUGCCAAGUGUAAAUUCUUGGUUCCUGAAGUGAUCAAGCGUUUCCGUGGAACUGGUGGUGUAAGAAUAGAAGAUGAUGUAAUUAUCACCAAAGACGGUUGCGAAAAUAUGACUAAGGUCCCACGCACCGUGGAGGAAAUAGAGAGCUGGAUUGCACAGGGUAGAAGCAAGUGCUAAACACAAGUUUUUUUGAUGCAAUUUCAAAUACCUAUCAAAGUAUUAUGGUACCUGCAUGCCCA